AUGAGUGCGUCCACACCACCAACGCAACAGUCAGCCGCUGCCGGUGGCCCCCCGGUGCCGCCGGUGAAACCGAUCCUCUCGUCGCCCGGUGCCUAUAUGGCCAACUUUCAGCCAGCCAGUGGGGGUGCCCCGGUCGCCACCGCGACGCCACCGACGAUCACGGCCGGCAUCCAUGGGACCAACAAAACGCACGAAAAGCCCACGAUAGCCGCCCGGCCGAUACCGCCUCCGAAGUUGCCAAACUAUUCGUCCUCGUUCAACAAGAUCGAUCGCGAUCGCAACGAGUUCACCAAGAUGGACAAGGCGGAAAGGGAAAAGUUGGCAACGAAGCGCGAAAUGUUUUUCAAAUCGGAAAGCAAUAGCCCGUCGGGACCGCCACCGAACCCGCCGGUGGCAGGGCUGAACAAUCUCAACCUGGCUAACAACAAUGUGAUCCAUAACAACAACGCAUCGCAUCUAAACAACGCCUCGAACGCCGCGGGCAACGAAAAGCACAACAGUGGCAGUGCCGUCAGCGGCGGCGGCGGUGGCAUUAACAACACCUCGCAGGCCACUACUACCACUAACACCAGCUCAUCAUCGUCGUCGUCGAUUGGCGCAAUGGUCUCUAAUCACAGUACUACUAACAACAAUCACAGCAGCUUAAACGGAGCGGCGGUCACGAACGGCGGUGGCGUGAACGGACUGGCCACCAGUAUGAACAGUAUUUCGCUGAAGGAGAAACGGGACGCGCUGCUGAACCACCACGCUGACGGUUCGGCGAACGGGCUCGGACACCACCAUCACCCGGAGACGGGCAAGCUGGCGAACGAGCGCCACGAGAAGGAGAAGCCGGUGGUCAAGUCGAAGCCGAAGGAACUGGACGGUUACGUGGGCUUCGCGAACCUACCGAACCAGGUGUACCGGAAGGCGGUCAAGAAGGGUUUCGAGCUAACGCUGAUGGUGGUCGGCGAGUCGGGACUCGGCAAGUCGACCCUCAUCAACUCCAUGUUCCUCUCGGACAUUUACCACGCCGAUCAGCACCCGGGACCGUCGCAGCGCAUCAAGAAAACGGUCGCCGUCGAGAGCACCAAGGUGCUGCUGAAAGAGAACGGUGUGAACCUCACGCUGACCGUCGUCGAUACGCCCGGGUUCGGGGAUGCCGUGGACAACAGCAAUUGCUGGAUACCGAUCGUGGACUUUGUGGAGUCCAAGUACGAGGAGUAUUUGACGGCCGAAUCGCGCGUCCACCGGAUCGCCAUUCCCGAUACGCGUGUGCACGUGUGUCUGUACUUUAUCGCCCCAUCCGGGCACGGGCUGAAACCGUUGGACAUCGAGUUUAUGCAGCGGCUGUGCGAUAAGGUCAACAUCAUACCGGUCGUCGCAAAAGCGGACACACUUACUCCGGAGGAAAUCACACUCUUCAAGAAGCAGAUUCUCAAUGAAAUCGCACAGAACAAGAUUAAGAUUUAUGAUUUCCCUGACCCGCUGGAUGAGGAAGAGGACGCCAAAGUGCUGCGGCAGCUACGCAGCCGCGUACCGUUUGCGGUUGUCGGGGCCAAUGCCAUCAUCGAGAUCGAUGGCCGCAAAGUGCGUGGACGGCGCUAUCCCUGGGGUAUCGCUGAAGUUGAAAACUUGGAACACUGCGAUUUCAUCGCCCUGCGCAACAUGGUCAUCCGGACGAACCUGCAGGAUCUGAAGGAUGUAACGAACAACGUGCACUACGAAAACUAUCGCUGCCGAAAGCUGGCAGGGCUUGGCAAUGAUGGGAAGGCCAAACUAAGCAAUAACUUAUGCAAUAUUGGAUCUGCUAACACAAACGGUACCACCGGAUGGAACCCGCUGGCUCAGAUGGAAGAAGAGAAGCGAGAGCACGAGUCGAAGAUGAAAAAGAUGGAAGCCGAAAUGGAGCAGGUGUUCGAGAUGAAGGUGAAGGAGAAGAAGCAAAAGCUCAAGGACUCCGAAGCGGAGCUCACCAGGCGCCAUGAGGAGAGAAAGAAGGCACUCGAGCUCCAGAUCCGUGAGCUGGACGAUCGCCGGAAGGCGUUCGAGCACGAGAAGGCCGAUUGGGAGCAACAGAAUGGAGUCACCCUGGACGAACUGCGCCGCAAGAGCCUGGAGGCGAACAGUAAAGAUACGCGAACCAGGCGUGCGACAACGGGAUAGGUUUUCUUUCAACGGGCUAAAGCCCUCGAAGCCAAUGUGAAACGAUUGUUGGGUGAUAUGACGGCGGAUGCGCACGAUCUGCCGGAGGAAGAUGUUCAAUUUUUCCAAGAUCUAGAUUUGCUCGUGCUUGGAAUACCGGCGGAAGAGUAUCAAAAGUACACCGAACUGCUGCGCAACGAGUGCCCAGUGGCAGGCACUAGUUUCUACGAUAAAAUGCGACUGAAGCUGCUUCAAACGCUGAGCCGCAUUCCGUGCAUUUACUCGACGAAAGAGUUUAGUGAACGGUUCGAAACCCUGGCCAGGUGCAACAUUGAGCAGGAAAUAGGCGAUCUACAGCGGAAGUAGAUCCGCUCAACCAACUUACCUCCACAGAAAGUAUUAAACUGUUUGCUGUGUUCACUUCGAUCAUGUAUCGUGUGGUGUGUCUGUGUAAAUGUUCUAUAACAAUGUUUAACGGGUCGAGUCACACGGAUGUGUUUUCCGCCGAAUAAACGAUCGUAUUA